AAUCCAUGUCGAGGUGGCACCAGGGCAUGUCAUUUGUGCGUAUUUUGGGAGUGGAUAUUGACUUCAUAGACUUGGUUGUGUCACACCCAGGGGAAUAAAGUAAAAGAGGUUCUAAUUCUCGACGGGUUUUGCUCUCAUCAUUCAACAUCUCGACUUUUGCAGAGGCAGGAACCGACACACGGCAUCAGCUCCAGCAACCAACACUCGACACAGGAUGGCAUCAAGACACGUUGCGGCACCAGCCGUGGUGGAGCAGGGUCUCUAUAUUGCCUAUGCGGCGUUAGCAACGAUGGCGAUCGUGCCCAUCUACUUUGGAUCGUUUGCAUCUCUAAAGAAGUGGAAGAACCCCAAAGAGAAGAUAAAGACGAUAAAGAGGCAGAUCGGUGAAUCGGACGAGUCAGACGCGGAUAUGCCCUCAGAACCGGUUUCGCAACAGGAUGCAUAUACGUUCCUAGUGUUUGGAUCCGCAGCCUUUUAUGGACUAUACCUUGCGUACACACAGCUGGAGAAGUCGUAUGUCAAUUACGUGUUGACCGCCUACUUUGGAGUCAUGGGUGCCCUGGCAAUGGCACACGUCGGUGUGAACACCCUCAGUGCCGUCAUCAAGUUGCUUGGAUUGAAGGUCGAGACUUGGCACGUUAACUUCGCCAAGAAAUCUAGUGAGUUUUAUUCAGCAAAGUUCACAAUCGUUCACCUGUUUAUGUUGGUGGUUUCGGUGCUGCUGUCGGGUUACUAUGUUGCAACCAAGAGCUGGAUCGCAUCCAACAUUUUCGCCAUCAGUUUUGCGCUGAACGCCAUCCAACUGCUCUCGCUGGACUCGUUCAAGGCCGGUCUGGUUUUGCUGAUUGGACUGACCGCUCACGACCUCGUAUGGGUCCGUAGCACUGAAGUCAUGGCCACUGUCGCCAAGAAUUUUGAUGGGCCCCUCAAGGUGAUCUUUCCUCGACUCCUUCUCGGACUACCUGCUGGUCAGGCUUACAAGUUUGCGACGUUGAGUCUUGGUGAUAUCGUCAUUCCAGGAUUGUUUGCGGCUCUUUGCCUCCGAUUCGAUCAACACAGGGCUGGCACCAGAAACCCUGAGCUGGGAAGAUCGACACAAUUCCGCAAGCCGUACUUUACCGCCUGCUUUGUAGCCUACAUUUUGGGUUUGAGCAUCGCAUUUUAUAUGGCACACGUGUUCAAGUUUAUGCAGCCCGCCCUCCUGUAUGUCUCUCCUACCUGCAUUCUUAGCAUGUUCAUGACAGCUGCUGUGCGGGGUGAGAUGAAGCAAGUGUUUGCUUACCUUUCCGAGGAGGGAUUAGAGGCCGCAAGGAUCAAGAAGGAGGCACGGGAGAAAAAAAGCAGACUGCAGGCGCAAGCACGGGCAAGGGCACAGGCCUCACGCUACCCUCCUAGGGUCAAUAGGCUGCCGAAUGUGAUCAAGGAAGAGUCGUUCGUCUCUACAGCACGAUCGUAUCCCGAGCCGGCAUCGUCCCCGUCUGCAGGCGAGAACAAGGACAACAAGGACAUGAAGGAGUAGCGAGGAAUUAGAUGGACAUGGGUCUAUACAAAGUAAAGAUAUCGUCUGCGUGCGUGCUUUUGUGCAUUUCCAGCCUAAUUUGACUAAGAGGAAGUCGAUU